AUGUGUUUACUCGUGCGCACGUGUUCAUUCAUGUACUACGCGCUCUCCGAAGGGAUCGCUACAGGAAUAGCUUCCAGAGGGGUGAGUUCUAGGGACCUGCCCGUUGAUUUGUGUGUUAUUGUUGACGGUGGUGCGAGCGGCCGCCGCACGCACUCCCACGACGGGGAACAGAUGCCCGGGCUCCGCCACUGUCACUCGCAAUGUUGUCUCACGAGUGACCCUCAAUGGCGCUGCCUGUGGGAAAUUGAUUCCGGCUUGUAUUGGGCGCUACCAGUCGCCGGAUUGCACAAUGCAUAU